AUGACGCUUCUGCCCUUAUGUACUUGGCCUCGGACAGUCAUCGUGCGCAGCGCAGACCCGUUCGCCAAAUCGACACGAAGCGGGGACAAGCGGUCGAGCAUCGACCUCCCCGCCUCAACUCUGCCGGCACCUCGACCGGGGAAACCAAGGCACCCACCAGCGACCGCGCAACGGCCCACGAGCAAAAGUGGAUUGAUGCAACGCAUUCGCCGUGACAGGCUGCGGCCACAUGACCGCAGAAUGACCGAAGUCAAAAGUGGUCGGUGGGGCGGUACAUGA